AUGUCCGUAUCAGCCUACAUCGCCGCUUUCGGCAGGGCACCGCCGGCCACAUAUGCGCUCGGCGCCGGCCUCAUCGUUACGUCAUCCCUGUUCUUCGGCAACGUCGGGCUCAGCCUCGUCGGGCCUCUGCCCAUCGUCAGGGACCAGCUGGGCACGAGCUCAUUGAGCGCGAAGCAGAAAGUGAGAGUGUGGAGGCUCUUCUUUGACGGGGCUACGGCCAUCUCGGCGGUGGGGGGGUAUCAGACAUACGUCAUCGUCGGUACCGGAUUGACGGCGGCGUUGCACCUCGCGGCCUUCGCCUGGGGAGAUUCGCCCGUUUCCCGGAGGCUCGCCAUCAUGUCCGCGCUCUGCAGCAUCGCCGCCAUGCCCUACACCGCCAUGGUCAUCAUGCCGACCAACAAGGCUCUGAUCACGCUGGACGACAAGGUCGCGCUCUCCGAGCAGGACAGGAGAAAGUCUGGCAAGUUGAUUGAGAAGUGGGACCGCCUGCACAGGGUUCGGUAUCUGAUGUAUGGCGGCGCGUGGCUCUGCGGCCUCGCCGCUUUCACGGCUGCCCUUUCGGUGGAGGCGUAG